AUGCCCCCUUUUGAUGGAACCCCACCGUCUGUAGCUAAGAAAAACCAAUGGGUUAGGCAAGAUAAGCUAAUUCUUAGUGCUAUUCUUGCAUCUACUUCACCAACAAUCAUGCCCCUCAUUACCACAGCCAAAACCUCAUAUGAGGCAUGGAAAAAAUUAUCAACUAUGUAUACAAGCAAAUCACGUACAAGGGCAAUGCAACUCAAGGAAGAACUGACCUUAAUUCAGCAUGGAACUCGACCAAUCCUAGAGUACCUUCAUGCGGUUAAAGGAUUGGCUGAUGAGAUAGCUCUCAUCGAUCACCCAAUCUCCGAUGAUGACUUAACCCUAUAUGUCCUCAACGGGGUGGGUCCUGAAUUUUGUGAGAUUGUUGCACCUAUUCGGGCAAGAGACAAAUCACUAGCCUUUGAAGAACUCCAUGAUCUACUUGUUGAACAUGAGAGCUACUUGAGGAGGAUGGAGGCUGCUACAUAG